AGUGACGUGCGGCCGCCAUCUUCCUGUCCCGGGCAGCCAGCGCCAGUCGGAGCUAGCGCGAGCCGCCGCCGCCAUCACUGCCGCUGCCAAGUUCUCCGCCCGCUGCCCCCGCCAUGUCGGCCACGGCUGCCACCGCCCCCCCUGCCGCCCCGGCUGGGGAGGGAGGCCCCCCUGCGCCCCCUCCAAACCUCACCAGUAACAGGAGACUGCAGCAGACCCAGGCCCAGGUGGAUGAGGUGGUGGACAUCAUGAGGGUGAACGUGGACAAGGUCCUGGAGCGGGACCAGAAGCUGUCGGAGCUGGACGACCGUGCAGACGCACUCCAAGCAGGGGCCUCCCAGUUUGAAACAAGUGCAGCCAAGCUCAAGCGCAAAUACUGGUGGAAAAACCUCAAGAUGAUGAUUAUCUUGGGAGUGAUUUGCGCCAUCAUCCUCGUCAUCCUCAUUGUUUACUUCAGCUCUUAAACCCCUGAGGAGCCUGCCCUGCCCAGAGAAGGGCCUCUCCCCCCCACCCCCAGCUGCUCCUCCACCUCUCAGCCAUAUCUUCCAGCCCACCUCCCUGGAUCCGUGUGUGUGUGUGUGUGUGUGUCGUGUGUGUGCCCCCUUGUAAAUAGCCAGCUGUUAUUUAUACAUAUAUAAUAUUAUAUAUAUUUGGUCUGUUUGUAGUUUUAUUACUAGAAGAUUUUUUCCGGUUGUCCUUAACACCCCUUCCUGAGGUUCUCAUCACCUCCUUUUUCUCUUUCCCUCCUUCCCUUUCCCUUUCUUCCUGACCAGCCCCAAGUCCCCUUCAUUUGCAUCUGUUAUGCAGUCCCCUCUUCCUCCUUCCCUUGGAUUUAGCUGAUCCUUCCUCCCGCCCUGGACUUCCCCAUACCUCCACCCCCCUGCAAAAAUUAUAAAAAGCAACUGUCCAGGCCUCCCUAGGUGCAUCUUCUUUGCAUCUUUGGGAGGCUCCGAGACUGGUCCCUUAUGGUCCUAAGAAUCCCAAGGUCUUCUUGGAGCUUCCAGCAUGUUAAUUAGCAUCCAUUUGUCUACUGACAUCCCUUUUGGUUUCCUUCUCCCCCCCAUUUUCUCUUAUGUUCAGUCUUUCAACCUGUGUUUCUUUUUUACUGAGGAGUUAGUCCCUGUUGGUCCUUGUAUCACACUUUCAUUUGCAUGAUGUUACUUGCAGGUGGUGGGGAGCCUGGGCUUUUGGGGAGCCAGGUUCUUCUGGCCCCCAGGAUCGCCUCCUCCUAGCCCCCCUAGUCCAGUUUGCCUCCCCUACCCCGAUUUUCCAAACCUCUUGUCCCUCCUUUCCCUCCCCCCAGCUGGUGUGUAAGUGUCUUGGAGUUCAGUGUCUUAUGAUGGACCAAUAAUUCUGCCACUUGGAGUCUCUCCCCACAUUCCUGCUCCCCAGUUUCCGUGUGGGGUGCUCAGUUGACAUUCCCAUGGGGUCUCCCUCCCUCCCAUCUGCCUGAUCUGCCUCCUCCUCCUCCCACCAGGAGAGUUGGGGGUUGGCCACAAUCUGAUCUCUCUUGGGAGAGGUGGCUGCCAGUGUGUCGGGGGGGUCAUCACUGCCUUGGGGAGGAUGGGGCAGGGCAAAGAAUCCCCCCAGUUCCUUCCUGAAAUCUCUGGCCCCACCCCUGCUGGGGGCUGAACUGAAAUCCCUCCUCCCUCAUUGGGGGGUGUUGCCCCGUCACUGCCCAGCUCCUCUGACUGCCCCUUUGAACUCAGGCUGGGAGUACUGGUCACUGCCAAUGUGUGCAUGGGACGCGCUGCAAGACGGGGAUUCUUGCCCCUCUCCGGGUCUCCUCCUUAGGUGAAAUGAUGAAGGAAGGGUCUAAUGUCUUUUUAAAUGGCACAAUUUUAGGGGUCUGAGGGUGCAGUCCCUUAACCUGCCACUGGAGGGCACCCCCUAAACUCUUUCUUUCCCGCACGGUCGAGGUUCCUGUGUGGAGGGGGAGCAGCGAGAUCGAAGCUGUGGUGUGAAAGGGUAGGGAGAGAUGCUGGGGGUGAGGGUGCUGUGUUCUAGACCCCCCAUAUUAUCCCAGUAUCCCCUGCCCCCCUUCCCUCACCCCAUGCCCCCAAUUCUGUGGCGCAUCCAGAUUGUGAAAAUGUACAAUAAAUGUGUAAUGAGUAA